AUGUCUCGCCCCCCUCGUGGCCCAAACGACGUCUUUACGUCCAACCCCAAUAAGAAGCUACCCAAUGGCUAUGGCUACGCGCCUGGCGAGCCCGUGGACCAGAUGCCGCUCCCUCAACGGGAUCCAAGAACUGGAGAGCCUGUCUGUCGAUAUAAAAACAUGACCUCAUCCAGCCUUACAGACCAGUGCAACGGCCUGAUAAUGGUCCUUGGCAACGAGUAUGUGCAGACCGGCCCCCCACACGGCACCUGGAUCUACGAGGACUGCGUCAAGGUGGAGGGCUGCCUGACCGCCCAAGUCAACGGCCUGGUCGUUGGAGUCGAGGGCGGUAUUACAAGCAAUCAGCCCCGCUUCCCCAACAUGACCGGUGCCUGGUCCGGGUGCCAAACCGUCGAGAAGCUGCCCGACGGGGUGGUUCCUACCAAGGCGGAGAUCGAAUUUGCCAGGGAGCUGGACUCCCGUUCCCUUCGCACACUCCAGAUCAAUGGAGGUUUGAUUGCCCCCAUCAGGAAUAGCCGCAUUUUUGUCCCCCAGCUCACAACCGAUCCGCACCGGUCCUAUCUGCUCUUUUGGAUGAUUUAA